AUGGUAUCGAAUCAAGCAACAACUUCCAAGAGCCUGUUUUCCAGACCAUUGGAUCUCGUAUAUUUUGGUUACUUUGCUUCGCACAUCCCGAUCACUGCAUUCAUUGAUCUCCAAUCUCUGUAUCCUGCCGAGAUGGUGCCUCAAGGUUUAAAGGACGUUGUCGCGUGGUACGUGGCGACCUUCAAAGAUCCAUUCAUGGGUGCCACCGCACCUAUGUACUGGUUUCAAGGUGUUGUCUUUUGUGAAAUGUUCUUGCAGCUUCCCUUCUUCUUUGCUGCCUGCUACGGCCUUUGGAAAAACUCUCUCUAUAUCCGUCUUCCUUUGAUUGUGUAUGCUUCGCAUGUGGCAACGACACUGGCUCCAACCCUUGCUGAACUGUUGUACAAUCCUGAAUACGGUCUUACAGACAUGGAACGCUACACGCUUUGUGGAUUCUAUCUUCCCUAUCUCAUUAUCCCAUUGAUGAUCUUGAUCGAUUCGUACGUGCGUAUCUCCAAGGUCAUCUCUCCUGCCUCCACUCACAGCAAAACUGAUUGA